AUGAUCGUUGAGCAGAACUUAUCACAAGAGGAGACGAGGAGUCGACUGAAAUCUGUCGGGUUCGUCGUGAGUAAGUCGCAGCUUGAGUACAAAUUGCGAGUUUGGGGCUUCAGAAAGAAAGCUCCAAAAGACAAGAGCCGUGCGCUUUGGCAACAUGUAGGAUAUCGUAUUGAUAAGAGAGGGCUCCAGGGCAAGUCAAGUCAAGUCUGGCUCAAUGGAAGACUUGUCGAUUCUGCGAAAGUUCGGAAAGAGGUGAACAGACAUCAACCGGACACGCUGUCCAAGAUUGCACGAGGUAAGUUUUGA